UCCUCCUCCGCUGCCGCCGCCGCCGCCCUUUUGCUUUCGGUUUUCCGCAGCUGGCAGCCGGUGGCGGCGCGGCCAUGGACAACGGCAAUGUCUACAACGAGACCACCGAGCCGCAGGCCAAGCCCUCCCGCUGCUUGGGCUGCACCCUGCGGCACCUGUGGGGAUGGCGGCUGCCGACCAAAGCGCUCCAAGUGAUUUUCUCUCUUCUGGCUGUUAUUUGUGAAGAAUUGGUGGAGAAUUGUAUCAACUGUGGUGGACUUUACUUCUUUGAAUUCAUAAGCUGCGCUGCCUUUCUUUUGAGCCUCCUGAUCCUCUGUGUGUAUUGCACUAAUGCGUAUGAAGUAUUUGGGAAAGAUAAAGUAGGGAAUGUGAAUAUUGGGGUUAUGUCAGCCAUAGGUGUCUCUUUUCUGGUAGCGACAAUAGCACUUGGUGCGACCAGCUCCGAGUCUGCUGCUGGAAAAGCUGCAUCCGUAUUUGGAUUUCUUGCAAGUGUUGCAUUUUUAGCUGAAAGUAUCAGAGACUGUUUUCACCGUCGGAAACAACACGUCGAUGGACACUCUGAAAAUCCUGCCCACACCCCAGGUGCCACAGAAAACCAGCCAUUAAAUCAGCAAAGCUAACUUUCUGGAAUGAAUUCCUUUUUUUUUUUUUUUUGGCUGGAGCAAACUAAAAUGAACUUUCAGUGCACUGUAGGUAACAACUUCUGUCUCUUCAUUCCAAUAUAUUUUGUACACAUUGCUCAUCACAAAUCUUGAUAGAUCCUUAGGUCAAAUAACGGCAUCCUGAGCAGCAUGUUCGAAGGUAACUGGUCCUGUCACCUGUGCAAGUGACAUAGACUAAAACCACUCGUGUCUAAACAGAAAAACUUCGGGACCAUGGUGUGCUGAUCUGGUUUUGACAGAGGUGACUAAUCAAGGUUAAUGUGUGAUGCAUAAAUUCUGAGCUAUAUCCUAAAGAUAUUUUCUCUAUAAAUGGACCAGAUAUUUCUGUUAAGAGUUAUAAAUUAGUAUAGCAGAAUUAAUUUUUAUGCUUACUGGUCAAACUGUGAAUGGAAAAGGGAUACCUAAGUGGAGCCUUACAGCGAUGCUUGUCCUUAAAUGAGGGCUUUUGUUUUUACUAUUCCAACACCUCAGUUCAGUCUGUGGAGAUCAGUUCAAUGGAACAGCGACUAUGGGGGUUUUAUGGGGAGGGGAAUGUAAUGGUGUAUUAAGGAGGCAAUUUUGCACCCUAUUAUUGUCAAAGUUUGCACUUGUGUGCCAGAAUCUUCUUUCAGAUUGUUUCAAAAGCUGUAUAAGUUGCAGGAAGAAACUUGAAAAGCCGGCUGUGAGAGGAAAUAGGUGAGAGGAAAAAGGUGAAGAGUAAGUAUUUUCACAAAGUAACUCCAAAAGCAGCGAUCUGAACAUCAAUGGGAACAUUGUUGUACAUUGACAGUACAUUGAUAGUGGUGACUAUGACUUGCCAGGUUAAUACCAUAUGCAGCUUGUUCAUGCAUAGAUAAUGGUAAGUUUUGCCAGAAUGGUUAUGGACCCCACCAUUUUCUUUGUUUAUAAACAUGGCACUAGCUUGAGACUUUUUGCUACUGACUAGCUCAGGUGGUAACCAGGGAAAUAAGCACUUGUACCUUUGAUUUGUCUUAAAAGCGACUGCAAGAAACACUACUGAUGCAACACGUGUCAGGCAAGUGAUGGACGUAUCGGGCCAGAUGUUGAUGGCUGUGAAAGAAAUGAAGUGGUGAAAAGGCGUUUCUCACAUGUGUGAGGUAGAAGCAAGACUGCUAGGCCUCACUUAAGAGGAAAGCCUUCAAAAGUAGAGCAAAUUGCUGUAAGCCAGGAGAUGUUCCAAAAUACCAAGGUAAAUAAGAAAAAGCUGAUUAUGCAAAAAUAAUUCUUGUUUGAGUGCUCGUGACAUUUGCUGUGUGUUCCAGGCAGUAACUCCAUUUCAUCAAUACCUUAGUCUGACAAAUUUAUACUCCUGUAACCUGCUGUGGCAGGAUUGAGACUAAGCCCUCCAGAAAUUGUCUGAGCAAGCUGUAUUUGGAAAAGGUUGAGGAAGCUGUUGUAAGACAAAGGACUGUAAAAGAAGGGCAGAGUUUUUUUCCAGUGUCGCCACUUUCUGAUGCACAUGAAUUUGUGAUGUUCUCUCUCUCUAAGGUCUGAGACUUAACACCUAACACUGCACUUUGCUUGGAAGAUGUAAAAUUUUAGCAAGUGGUGUGAAGCAUCGAGUUUCAGCUGUAGCUUGGUUUCAGAGCCGUGCAUAAAAGACAAACUUUCCUUCAUAGAAUUUCCUGCUUUGUGAAGAACUAUUUGGACAGGCCUUUUUAUUUUAUUUUUAUUUUUUAUUGGUGUCCAUUUGGCCUAAAGCCUGAUCUCAUUCUGGGUGUACAGAGCUUGCUGUAGCUGCCUCUGAAUCAUAGAAUCAACUGGGUUGGAAAAGACCUUUAAGAUCAUCAAGUUCAACCAUUAUGCCAGAACUGCCAAGGCUACCACUAAACCAUAUCACUAAGCCUCAUCUACAUGGUGGUUGAACACUUCCAGGGAUGGUGAUUCCACCACUGCCCUGGGCAGCCUGUUCCAAUGCCUGACCACCCUCUCUGUGAAGAACUUUUUCCUAAUAUCCAAUCUAAACCUCCCUUGGUGCAGCUUGAGGCCAUUUCCUCUUGUCCUAUCGCUUGUUACUUGGGAGAAGAGACCAACCCCCACCUCACUCCAUCCUCCUUUCAGGUAGUUGUAGAGAGCGAUAAGGUCUCCCCUGAGCGUUCUCUUCUCCAGACUAAACACUCCCAUUUCCCUCAGCUGUUCCUCAUCACACUUGUGCUCCAGACCCUUCACCAGCUCUGUUGCCCUUCUCUGGACCUGCUCCAGCACCUCAAUGUCUCUCUUGUAGUGAGGGGCCCAGAACUGAACAUAAGAUUCGAGGUGUGGCCUCAGCUGGGUAAAACUGGGUAAACUGGGUAGAUCAGAGAUGUUUUGUUUACAAACAGUGUUACUGGUGAUACGAAACUUGCCAUAAUGUCUCUGCUGUGAUUGGCAGUGUCUUACUUUGGGGAUUGUGUCCAUACCUAUGAUUAACAUUCUAAAGUGGUGUGGUUUUUUCCUGUUCUGGUUUUUUUUUACUGACCAGGAUUCCACUGAAUUUGUUUCCACAUCAAAAUGUCUGUAGUCUCUAAAUCUUGAUCUAUAGUUAAAAGCUGUAAAUACAGUAUGAGUAAUACUGUGCUGCUGAUAUUUAUUAAGCAGUGCAGCAGUGCAGUAAUACUGUGCUGCUGAUACUUAUUAAGCAGUGCAGCACCGUGACAGGACUUUUAUCUUGAGGUAAUUUUUGCCAUGUUUUUUCUCAGCUUGAAAAGCUGUGAAUAGAGUUCUGGAUUUUGGUUGCCUUUCUAUAGACUCUUCCCCAGCUGAGUGCUUUAUCGGUGUCUGUUCCUGAAUUGGAGAUACCGUAAGGGAUCUGUAAAGUCAUCUCUCUGCCUCGGCCUCCCUAUCUGUGAUAUCUCUGCUGAUACUUCAGGGAGAAACUGAAAUACAAAGCAAGUUACCUUCAUGAAAAGGUGCCACAAGGAGUUGGUGUCAGAAGAAAUGACUCUCAGAUCUCCUGAUCCCUGUAAUCUAUUAGGCCCCUUGAAACAAAUACUGCCAACCUUUGCAGAAAGGUUUGGUAGAUUCUCCUGCUACAUGUAUGCUGGCAUCCCUGGCAUGUGUAGGGUUGUUAGAGUGAGGGGAGUUUGGCAUGGGUUUUUUUUUUCAUUUUUAGCUGUUCAAGCAGGUAGUAUAUACCCAUUCUCUCACCAACUGGCUGAUCAAUGAGAUUUGAAGAUCAGAUUCUGUCUCUGGCUGAAAGGGAUGCAAGCGUUGCUAUCAGCUAAUGAAAACAACAAACAGCAGUCUUUGGGAAACUGAUUAGUUGUUUUCCCUUAUGGCACAGGAGCUUACUGAUACGAAGAGUCCUGCUGUUCUUUACAACAAUACAUAUUGCUCCACUCCAGAUACAGUCUGUCACAUAGUAGUUAAAUACUACAAGCAAGUCACACAUUAGUUACAGGUUUAAGGCAAUUGCUAUAUUGUGGCUUCCAAACUAGUUGUUGGUUAACAAAGCAGUUUCUGCAUGGUGGUACUACUGAUUUUAGGCUUUUAAGUACAAGGUGAUUCUUAAGUUCAUGAUCUGUUUCAAAAUACGUGUGAAGCAGGUUUGCCAAUGUGUAUGCUGCUCUCUGCUUCUUGUGAGGUCAUUUCUUUAACUGCCUUAUCAGCUUCCUAAGAUAAAGGGGCAAGUGUGUGUCCCUCCUGGCUCCUCUGCCCUCCCAGCUAGGUGGGGGAGAGACUUCCUUGCUGCAGUGGCUGAGCAGAUGGGUCUCCUGCAGUCUUGCCAUGUCCCUUUUGAUGCAUCUGGUGUCAGGUCCAGGCUUUCAGUGUCUGUCUUGUAAUUGGCCUGAUCCCAGAGAAUGGUGUUGAAGCUGGAUUAAACAUCAGAAGCUCUGUGCAUGUUGCUCUGUGGAUGGCUCUUAUCCCUCCUGUGCUCUGUCAGCAAAGUGGUCUGUUUGUUUCCCAGCCUGCUUCUGAUGAAAUCAGCCUGCUUUAUUUAAAUUGCUUAUGUUAAGGUGGCUGAUUUUGGCUAAAGUGGAUUAGUGAUUGCUCAGGAGAGCGGUGGGAGCUCUGGCAGAAGUGCUGUUACAAGCAACUGUUUAAUUUUCUUCUUGUAUUUGCAAAGUAAACAUCUCUGUACAAUCUUAACUGGUAGUAAAACCUGUGGAAAGAAGCAACUGGCGCAGUACAUCUGUCUGGGGAUUGUCUUCUUCUACAACACAGUGCCUGGCAGUGGUGGUGUGAGCUUGCUCAGACACAUUAAGAGCUUUCUUCUUUUCCAGCUGAGCCCAUACAAAAAUAUUUGAAGGCUCUGCAGCCGCUUUCAGGCUUUGUUUUGAGUGCAUCGAGAACCGGUGGAGAAGUUUCUCCAGGACAUGUGAGGACUUGUUAAGUGGCCAGACUGUGAGUUUCUGCUCCGAAAAUCUGCACAGGCAUUGUGUAGAUUGUGAAUGUUAAUUUUUGUGGGUGGCAUGUAGCCCACAUGAAAAUCACGACGCUACCAGCGUCCUUUGGGUUCUGAACACGUGAAGGAAUUGUGCCUUACUGCUAGCACUCCAUGCCUACAAAUAACAGGGAAGGGUCGUGGUCUGUUACAAUUGAGUUCUACCUUUGUAGCCACCAACUUGAAAAAGCCGUGAGCUCUCUCACACAGUUCUCAGAGCUGUGCACAAGAUGUUUUUGCAUAAUAGCCACCAUGGUGAUCCUCACUCAAACUUGUGCAAUAAAAAUGCCAAGCUUUCUAAGCUGAAGGGAAGGAUGUUGUAAAAUUUUUGAGAGAUUAUAUCAAAUUGUAAUGAAUCAAGAUGCUGGUAGUGCCUUUAAGAUGGAAAUUCAUCUUUGUUUUAAUCUAUUGCUGUAAACGUAAGCAGUUCUCUAGAUAUUAAAUUUUAUGCUGUUCAGAACUAUCACUUUUAUUAUCUUUGAGAAUUUAAGUGACUUUUUUAAUAAUGAUGAAAUCAGGAUGAUAAUACAGUGGGUUUAUAUAUAUAAAAUAAAAAUUUUAUACAGUUUUA